UGACGAAAAUACUUGUACAGCAAGUUUUGACGUCUAUUUGCAGAGUAAGUUAUAGGUAACUAAUAGGUAAUCGCUCGCUUUGCCAACUCUUUCCGUCAAGUUUGCUUCAAAUUGCGGACGUAGAUUGACAGUAAGUUAUAGGUAAGGUGGCUAUCAGGGUAAGACAUUCAAAUAAUUCCUGCCGGCUGUUUUUUCAAAAAAUAACGCCUCUAGUGAACACUUUUAACAUCACGACUAACCGAGUUGAAGCCGAAACUUCAGGGUUAAUGCGUACGAUAACACCCGAAGACAAACGGAAUUAUAAUAAAUCGGGACAAUGCCUGAUAACGGGACUUGAUUAAAUCAAUGAAGAUUAAACCAUGAAGAUCAUUUAGUCGACUUGAUUGAAUCGACACUCAACUGAGCUCAACUGAAAGUGAAUUCUGUUUUAAAAUUAAAAAUGUUGUCAUCUAAGAAUCUAUUGACGAGCAUUGCAUCUCCAGGUCUACGACGUGAAUUUUCGUUACUCAAAAACCAAGGAUUCAUCAAUGGAAAAUGGGUCGCUGCACAAGGAAACGCCAAAUUCGAAGUUGUGAAUCCAGCUACCAAAGCUGUAAUUGAUUCAGUCCCUGACAUGAAUAUCCAGGAUACUAAACUCGCCAUUGAUGCAGCCACCGAAGCAUUCAAGACAUUUCGCAACACUACGGCUAAAUAUCGCGCUAACCUGCUUCGAAACUGGUACAACUUAAUGGUCCAGCAUUCUGAAGAGUUAGCAAAAAUUUUAACCCAAGAAAAUGGAAAAUCUCUGGCUGAGUCUCGAGCUGAAAUCACAUAUGGAAAUUCAUUCGUUGAGUGGUUCUCCGAGGAAGCUCGUCGCAUAAAUGGUGAAAUUCUUCCAGCUACAACAGACAAUCGUAAAUUAAUGAUUCUCAAACAACCAGCAGGGGUAGCAGCUCUUAUAACACCAUGGAACUUUCCACAUGCGAUGAUAACUCGCAAAGCUGGUGCUGCAAUAGCUGCUGGUUGUACGUGUAUAAUAAAACCUUCAGAGGAUACUCCAUUUACAGGACUAGCGCUUGCUCAGCUAGCUGAUGACGCAGGAUUUCCUGCAGGCGUCAUUAAUGUUAUCACUACGAAUACAAGUAACUCACCGGAUGUUGGUAAAGCUAUUUGUGAUGACAAACGUGUUCGAGUUGUCUCGUUCACUGGUUCUACGCAGGUUGGUAAAAUUUUGUAUCGUCAGUGUGCUGAUAAUGUUAAAAAAGUCUGCUUAGAGUUAGGUGGUAAUGCACCAUUUAUUGUUUUUGAAUCAGCAAAUAUUGAUUUGGCAGUAUCAAGUGCAAUGGUUUGUAAAUUUCGUAAUACAGGUCAAACUUGCAUUUCUGCAAAUCGAUUUUACGUACAAAAAAAUGUCUUCCAGGAAUUUACUAGUAAGUUUUUAGAGCGAAUGCAAAAAGACAUAGUAUUGGGUGACGGUAUGAAACAGAAUGUUACUCACGGGCCUCUUAUAAAAAAAAGUCAGAUUGAUAUGGUGGAUCAUUUAGUACAAGAUGCGGUAAGCAAGGGUGCGAAAUUACAUUGUGGUGGUAAGCGAUUGGCAGAUCUUGGAGAACUUUUUUAUGCUCCUACGCUGUUAACCGAUGUUAAUGAAAAUAUGGAAAUUUUUGCAAAAGAAAUCUUUGGUCCUGUUGCUGUGAUUCACCAAUUUGAAAGUGAAGAUCAGGUACUCAUGGAUGCUAAUAAUAUUAAUGUUGGACUAGCAGGAUAUUUCUAUUCGGAAAAUUUAUCACAGAUCUUUAGAGUUGCAAGAAAAAUGGAAGUUGGCAUGAUUGGAGUUAAUGAAGGAUUAAUUUCAUGUGCCGAAGCAGCGUUUGGUGGGGUUAAAGAAUCAGGAUUGGGAAGAGAGGGUUCUAAACAUGGAGUCGAUGAUUUCUUGGAUAUUAAAUAUCUAUGUCUGGGAAAUAUCCAAUAUUAAAAAAAGUUUUUUAAUAAUUUCUUAUAAUUUUAUCAUUCGUCAAAUGAAAAAUCAUGAUUUAAAAAUUUAUAAAUAUUAAUCGUAAGAUGUGCGGAAAAUGUUAUUCUUAUCUUAUAAUCUAAUGGUUUUGGUUUAUAAUUUUAUGGAAACUUUGAGUUUAUAUAAAUUAAAAAAAUGAUAAUCUUGCGCAAACUGAAAAAAAAAAAAAAAACAUUUCCACCACCAAUAGCCGAUGUCUAAAAUAUAAAUAUUUCAAUUAUAACUUCAUUGUCUCUCACAAAAAAGUCAAAGAAUACAAAAAAAAAAAUGACAAGCAAAUAUUGUUGGAUCACAAGCUAUAAGAUAAGCUUGAUAGUAAGUCGAUAAGUAGGCAGAAUGAUUAUGCUGCACAGUAAUAAAAAUCGUUAAUAAGUUCACAGUUCAAUCCAUA